AUGCCACUUGUCGAGCGUUUACGAACAUUGAUUCUAUCAAUUAAAACGUUAAACUUAUUCGAAAGUCGAUCAACUGACGAAGUCGAAAUUCGAUAUGAACGAAUAACAACACGUUUAUAUUUAAUUUUAUUAUCAUUAUCCUUUGUCGUAUUAGUUAUUUACACGGCACUAACCAAACAAACUAUUACAGUAAAUAUUGAAUCACCAUCGUUUUCGACCUAUAGAAAACUUGAAGUUGAUUAUAGCCAUAGUCUGAAAUGUUCGUGUUCUCAACUGUCAUUUGCACUCGGGACGUUUAUUCAUAUAAAACCAACCUUUCACCAAGUAUGUACGAGUGAUUUUGUUUCAUCUGAAUGGCUCGACUAUUUGGCAAACAUCGUUAUGGGCAGUGGAUUUGUUUCUCGAUUUGAUUUUCGUAAAACAGGACUUGCUCAGUUCCAAGCACUGACCACAUUGUGUCGAUCGGCGCAAACAUCUACUUCCGCAUCAGUCGCUCAAUUUCUUUCGACAAAUCAUGUUAGUGCAACGCUUGUGGCAAACGAUUUAUUCAACUCAGAAACAACAGCUCUAAUUCGAUUAUUUCAACGGCGGCUAAUCCAUGAGUUUUAUAGAAAAUUAAGAUUAAUUCGAGACACAACUCAUUCAAAUAAACUGGCAAUUUCAACUCAAACAACAUUGUCAGCGGAGGUGGAAGGUCUACGUGACGAAAGUGGAACACUUGACAUGUUGUACUUUUAUCUUAUAUUUGGCGACACAGAUUGCAGCUGUGAUAUAACCCCAACCUGUAUUUGGCAACUAUCAUUCUAUCAUAAUGGAUUAAGUCUAUUUGACAUUCCAAACUUUUAUCGUGGUUGUUUACCCAUUCAAUCGAUACGUCAAUCUUCAAUUGAAUGUUUUUAUAAUCAAACGUGUAUCGACACUAUCCAAUCUAACAUAAAUUCGUCAUCUCCAAUGAACGCUCGUGCUCUUGACUCGUUGUUGCCUAGUCGCUUUCCAUUAAACGCGACUGUACGUGACUUGCUGAAUCAAUUAGCAGUUGAAGACUGGGGUUUAAAUGUCAAUUAUUCGUCCUAUUAUCAUCAAUGUAAUCCACUCAAUUGUACCUAUACCUAUGUUAAAGGAUCAGAUUAUAUUCAUAUUUUGACCACAAUCAUUGAACUUGUGGGUGGAUUGACUUCAACGUUAAGAAUUGUCACACCGUUAAUGAUAACUAUCAUUCGAAGAAUGAAAAAACGAUCUAAUGCAAUGACAAUUAAGUACAGUGAAUUUAUCGAUCUUCAACCAUUAUUCCAUCAAGUAUGUUCGAGUGUAUUUGUCACGAAUAAAUGGUUCGAUUUCCUAUAUGUUCAACGUCAAGUACUUUACUUGGAUGAUUUUCGUUUGCAUGGUGCACCGUUGUUUCGCAUACUCGCCACAUUCUGUCAACUGGCCAAUGAUACAAUUGCAGAUGCCCUAGUUCAGUUCUAUUCAAUUGACUUCAUCACUCCAACAGUAUUACCAUCUUCAUUAUUCAAAUCAGAAAUAGAAUCUAGUAUUAACAUGUUUCAGAAACAAGUGCCGAAUACAUUUACACGAGUAUUAUCAAUGACGCGUGACUCAAUUCAUGUAAAUCAGUUAUUUACCUCUGUUGUAACAGAAUUUCAAUGGAAUCAAACUACAAAUAAAUUAACAUCAAUUAUUGGAAAAUUUGAACAGAUGAAUGGCACUAACUGUUCUUGUUUGAAUAAUUCAAAAUGUCUUGGUGAAACGUAUAUUCGAGAUGAAGAUCUUAUCCGUCUAUUUAUUGUGCCAAACUUUUUUCGUGGAUGUUAUUUACUUGAUGGACUUUUAUCAUCAACUUUAGACUGCUUUUAUAAUAACACUUGUUUAACAAUAAUCAAAUCGUACAUCCAUUCCAAUACGGACAUUUUACCCCUCGAUCCAUCUCUAUUGGUUACAUAUCGAUCAUCUACGAAAAUCAACGAUAUUGUUCUAAAUUUAAUGGUAGAAAUAUGGAACAAAAAUAUAUCGUUUCGAGCCUAUUACCUCGCUUGUAAACCAGAAUAUUGUCGUUACACAAUCAAUGCACGAAAUAAUUAUAUUUAUAUAGUAACAACAGCAAUCGGUUUAGUUGGCGGACUGAUAACAAUAUUUCAAAUCAUCACACCAUACCUAAUGGUCAUUCGAACAAAAAUUGAAAAAAAGUACUUUCUUAAAGAUGGAUCCUUGCCAGCACAUGUGCAGUUCUCCAUGAAGACUAUCUUGCGAUUUAUCCGUAAACAAAUCAUUGAAUUUAAUUUGUUUGAAAGUACAUUAUCCACAGAUGAAGAUGUACGAUAUGAGAGACGUACAACACGAUUGUAUGUCAUUUUAUUAGCGGUAACAUUGUAUGUUUUGACUGUUUAUAACGCCGUUUUACAACGAACAAAAACAACUAUUUUUGAUUCUCCAUCUUUAUCAAAAUAUCUUGAAUUACGUAGCAAAUAUUCACAAAAUCUCGAAUGUCACUGUUCUCACUUAUCCGUCAAAUACGAUAAAUUUAUUCGACUUCAACCUUCUUAUCACUAUCUAUGUUCAAGUGUAUUCAUCACACAACAAUGGAUCGAUCAUUUGUCUAAUAACGAUGAUAUUCUAUAUUACACAUCACAAUUUCAAGCGCUUGCUCUUCUUUGUAAAUUAGCAAAUCAGACUGUGUCUGAUUCGCUUGAACUAUUUUAUUCAACUUAUUUAAUCAGUUCAACACUCGUUCCACCACCUUUACUUGAAUAUCAAAUAUCAUCAUUCGUCGAUAAAUUUCAAACUCAGAUGGCAAACACUUUUCUAGAAGCAUUUAAUUUAAUUCAAGAUUCAAUUAGCGCAAAUCAAUUUAUAUCAGCGUACGAAACAAACUUCAGAUGGUACAUCAAAGACAAUGAUUAUAUCAAAAAUCCUAGGUUGGGAGUUGAAAAUGUCAAAUAUAACAGUGGCCAAUGCGAUUGUGCAAGAACGUCAACAUGUAUCGAAUCAGCUAUACUAAAUAACACAGUGAUAUCCGGUUUCUAUAUCGGUUGUUUACCAAUUGAGACUAUUCUUCAGUCGUCAUUAGAAUGUUUAUACGAUCAAACGUGUAUAAAUAUGAUUUCAGCAAGAUCUAAUAUAACCGCUAUUAAUUCGAUUUGGCCAACAAGUCAGUUUCAACCUAAUACGACAAUCAAACAUAUUUUGAGUAAAUUGAUGAUUGAACAAUGGAAUAUUGAGAGUUUUUUUGAUAAAUAUUAUAAUGAAUGUUUGCCAAAAUAUUGCACGUAUACCUAUGUCAAACGUUAUGAUUUAUUAUCUGUUUCAACCACGAUUAUUGGACUCUUUGGCGGUCUGACGACAGCAUUCGAAUUCAUGCUACCAACUCUAGUUAAUAUUUUUCGACGUUGGUCUCAACUUGAAACAUCUGACAAUGUGGCCAAUACAGAAAGUCUUGUAGCAUCGGAAACCAAACAACGGUCAAUCAUAAAAAAACCAGUUGGACGUGUUAUUGUCAUUCUUCUCACGACCGCUGUUCUUCUCACAAUAGGUACAGUUACAUUCAUCGCAGUAAUGUCGUCCUUAAAAGCUGAAUUAAAAAAUGAUAUUAAAUCCAUUUCGAAGGUAAACGGCUGUCUACCAUGGACGUUCAAAUGGACCAUUAGAAAAGAAAAGUGGGCCAUUUUGUAAACCUAUCUAGUUUUUUGUGUCAGGGGAUCGAACCGUCGUAUCAAUGGCAUUGUAUGCGCCGUGAGCCCAGCUUUAAAAGUAUAACUUUUUGUUUUUAAAUUUUGUUUCGCUGCUGAGUAAUUCAUUUUUUUUAAAUCAGAGACGAAAAAGUCGGAAUUCUGCUCUUAAUUCUCAAUUUCCCCGAUCAAAAGUCAACUUUUGGACAAUGACAGUAUCAUAUUCGGAAUCAAGAUAAAAGACUUAGUCGAAUGACGUGUAUUUCUAUCUUAUCCGAGUACUUUCAUUUUUUUUGAAUUUUCACGUUGAAAAAUUACCGGGAUUUUCACCCAAAAUUGAAAAUCAACUAAAAGUUUCUAAAUACACGUCAUUCGACUCAGUUUUUUAUCCUGAUUCUGAAUAGGCAUGCAGCGGUUACGGUUAACCGUGACCGGUCAUAACCGUAACCGUUAAUAACCGCUUUAUGACAACUUAGUGUAUAUUUGAUUUUUAGUUCGUUGAUAUCGGUUUACAUUAGAAGUAGGCAAGGAUGAUCUUUCUCCUGACGUUAUAGUGCAUCUACUAAUAAAUUUAUGAAAAUUCUAGGGGGUAGAUAAUCGACUAUGCGGAAUUCGAAAAUGAGUAUAAGGGACCUCUAGCAUGCAUUCUAUUGGUCAGAAGCCUACUUUUGAUCGGAUUGGAUGAAAAUGGUACAGAAUAGACACUCGACUAUUCGGGGUCCGAAAAUAGCAACGAAAGUCACGAGUGCAGUAAUCGCACGUCGACACAAGAACGUGUUUGUUACGAGACUUCGUUACGGGCCUAGGGUUCCGGGCUUCCAUGAGUCACUCUCACUAUCCACCGCUCGCUCCGCCCGUUGUACGACACAAGUGUUUGACCGAAACCUUCACGAUAAGCGAACAAGUAGCGCUUGUCUCUCCUUGAAUAGUGUGUUUAUGAGAUCCCGGAAUCCAAGAGGACGUUUCUAACCAAUAGAAUACGUUCUAUAGGUCUCUCAUACUCAUUUUCGGAUUUCUCAUAGUCGACUACCUAUUCUCUAGAAUUUUCAUAAAUUUAUUAGUAGAUACACUAUAACGUCAGGACAAAGACCAUCGUUGCCUACUUCUAAUGUGAACCGAUAUCAACGAACUAAAAAUCAAAUAUAAACUAAGUUGUUAUAAAACCGUCAUUUACGGUUACGGUUAACGGUUAAUAACCGUAACCGUUGUUACGGUUGACGGUUAAUAACCGUAACCGUUGUUACGGUUGACGGUUAAUAACCGUAACCGUUGUUACGGUUGACGGUUAAUAACCGUAACCGUUGUUACGGUUGACGGUUAAUAACCGUAACCGUUGUUACGGUUGACGGUUAAUAACCGUAACCGUUGCAUGCCUAAUUCCGAAUAUGAUACUUUUAUUGUUCAAAAGUUGACUUUUGAUCAAGGAAAUUAAGAACUGCGAGCAGAAUUCCGACUUUUUCGCCUCUGCUCUGUAUUGUGCAAUAAUUGUUAUUCCAAUGACUUUCAAACUUUCAAACUGUUUAAACAUAUAAAUUACGAAACGCUUUUUGCAGUAUUGUAAAUGUCAGCACUGGAAGCAUUAUAAAGCUGGGCUCAUGAAGCAUACAAUGCCAUUGAUACCAGAAAUCAGCAAGGGCCAGGUCAGUCAGGGAAUAGAACCGCCGUAUCAAUGGAGUGGUCAGAUCGAGCUGGGCUUGGGCCGAAAAGUGUUUUGGUCGGGCCGGGUUGAACACAGGAUUUUCAAGUAUGCGAGGAUUUGUAAUUUGUGUAUACUCAGUACCGAGAAAGAAUAUUAUCACUGUUACGUGACAUCUUAAGAGAGUCUCCGCCACAGCACCGAACAUACUGUCCGUUGGCAAAUUCUUUUUUUUAAUUAUUCACUUGUCAUUCGAAAGAGCAUUCAGAAUGACUACUAACCCUGUAAUAACCGUUCUGAAAGUGUUUUGUUAAGAGACGAGAGGCAAAACAUUCUAUUGGGGGUCGCCGAUUAAUCGAAAAAACAUAAACGUUCACUAAUCUUGGAAUUUUUUAAAAAAAGACCACGCAUAUGGCAGUCCCAAAAUAAAUCUAGCUUCGCUUUGUAGAGCGGACAAUUCUGCAUCGAUUCAUAUACAACAGAACAUUUUUAAAGACGUCAUGAUAUACUUUUAUAUCAAAUACUAGAGAUAAGUCUGGGUUUCAUCAUUUUCUUAGUUUUCUGAAUUUGAUACAAAUGUCAAAGAUCUGAACCUAUAGUCAUUACAGAUGUAGAGCAAACAUUUUCCUACAAAAUGUCUUUUUAUGAUUUUACACACGUUUUACCACAAGCACUGUAUUUCAGAUAGAUGACUAGUUUUGAUCUUAGUUUUGGCACAUUAACCAAAUUCAAAAAAAUUCACGUUUUUUCGAUUAAUUGACGACCCCCAAUAGAAUGUUUUGUCUCUAGCCUCUUAAAAAAACACUUCCAGAAAGAGUUAUUGUAGAGUUAGUAGUAUCCUCUGACACAAAAAACUAGAUAGGUUUACAAAAUGGCCCACUUUUCUUUUCUAAUGGUCCAUUUGAACGUCCAUGGUAGACAGCCGUUUACCUUCGAAAUGGAUUUAAUAUCAUUUUUUAAUUCAGCUU